AUGCCGCUCACGGUGACGGCGAUGUCCAAGGACCCGCCGCUAGAUGCGGAUGCGGAUGAAGGCGGCUGCUCUAGGUUCUGCCUGCGCAGCAGACGCGGGAACAGCGACGGCGCAUCCGCCGCCCUCUUUCGCCGUUGGUGCGGAGCCUUCGCCGAUAACAGCAAGGUCGGCGAGCCGGCAGCGGAGGCCGCGCAGGGCGCCCGCGCCCCGCCGCUGGGCUGUCGUGUCGACUUCGAGAGCGCCGCGGAGUUCGCCGCGUCGCUGCUGAUGCCGGUCUCUGACAGCGCAGUAGCGAGCAUGCGCGCGGUUGCCGAUCGCGCUGCGGCGCGCGCGGAUGCGCUGCCGCUGCGCCCGCAGCUGGCAAGGCAGGUUCGGCGCGAUCAGCGUGCAGAGCUGGGCGAGGUGCAGGCCAUCAAGGCGCGGAAGGUCGAGCGCGUGCGCCGCCGCGCUGUUGCGGAGCACCCGAAGGGCGCGGAACUCCAGGCGGUCUUGCAAGGCAUGCAGUCCGCAGCGCGCGGCGAGCCUUUCAGGUUCGAUGGCGGCAGCGACCUGUCCGAGUUGCCGAGGCCGCCAGGCUCUGCCGGCGGCGGCGCGCGGGAGUUCCUGGCCGCCGCGCGCAAGCCCUCUGCGCAGGUCAUGCGUCUCCAGGCGGGCCGGGAGCACUGCGUGGACCUCCAGGCUGCGGGCUCCAGUUUGCUCGAGGGCCUUCCAGCGAGUGGCGGGCUUCAGUUCGGCGACAACCACUUCCAGUCCGCGGAGGGUCGCGCGCAUUUGCUUGCGGGCUCGCCGACGGGCCAUUCGGGCGAGCUCGCCGAGCUGGGUCGCAAGCGCUCGGACUGGGAGCUGCGCGCUGCGGCGCCAGCCUCUGCCAGCGCCGCCAUUGGCACGUCGUCGAGCGGUUUCCGGGCGUCGCAGUUGUGGGCGCGCGUCGGCAUGAGCGGAGAGCAGAUCGUGAAGGGGUGCGCGGCCGCCAUGGGCGUUGCGAAUCAGCAAACGACGGCAAUCUUCGAUGGGAACGGCGCGCCCGUGCGCGCGUUCUGCGGGGGCGGCGAUGACUUUGUUGCGCGGGCGAAGCCUGUGCGCGCGGUCGCGGGCGCGCCGCCGAAUGGGCUGGGCUGGGGCGCCCCCGACGGCGACGGGCCCGAGCCUCUGGAAGCGCGCCCGAAGUGGCAGCCGCUGUGGCGCGCGAGCUACUGGCGCUACAGCGCAAGCGACCGCGACCAGACAUGGGACAACGUAGCGCCAUUCCGCGGCACGCCAGCGGAUCAGGUCGCAGGCGGAACGUCGCGCGACCGCCGCGAGUGGGGGGCGCCGCCGGGCCUGACCCUGAGGUUCGAUGUUCGCGUGGCUAUCUCCAUCCCGCACGCUGCGGACCUCGAUUACCAUCGGACCAGGGUGCUCGAGAUGCUGCCCCCCGCCAGCGCGGAUCACAAGGAGGACCUCGACGUGCCGGAGAUGCCCUUCUCGAUGCGUCCGCGGAUAACGCGGCUGAUCCAGGGCCAGUCGCUGGCCCAGUUUGUGGGGCAGCGCCUAGACGCGCGGCGUCCUUGGCGCAAGUUCGCGGUGCUAUCGGGCAACGAGUCGCGCGACGCGAUGUGCCCGAGGUGUUCAGCCCUGCCCAACGAAGACGCCACGAGACACUUGCUCGAUAUUGGAAGGGUUGGGGCUGCAAUCGAGUACAAGGUGGCCGAUAUUGAGACGCGCGUGGCUCGCGGCCGCGUCGCGCGCAUCCCGAAGGAGCGCAAGGGCGCCUUGCAGAGGGUCGCAGAAGUGGGGCGCGAUUGGCACGAGGACCAGGGAGCCAACCUGUCCGCGAUCACUUCGGUGAUCCGCAUCUUCCGCAUCGCCAGGCUGUUCCGGCUCCUCAGGUUCCUGAAGGGCCUAAACAAGAUCCUUAUGGCGCUGCUGCUCUCGAUCCCCAAGCUCAUCAACGUGUGCAUGAUUCUCAUGCUGCUUCUGAUACUGUAUAGCAUCCUGGGCGUCAACCUGUUCUCCACGAUGAAGCAGGGCGAGUUCUUCAACUACCACGGCGGCUUCCGGCACUCCCUAUGGGCCCUGAUCACGUUGUUCCGAGCGUCGACGGGCGAGGCGUGGAACGAGAUCAUGCACGACCUGAUGAAGAGCGAGCGGCAGCUCUACCGCGAAGGCCACCUCCGCUGGGCCGACGCCGCCCUCGGCCUCUGCUGCCCGCAGGAGGGCUCGGCCUGGCUCCUGGAGCCCGAGCCCCUGAGAGGCGCUGUGAUCGAGGCCUUGGGCGCCGAGGCAGCGGAUGGCAGCGGAAAGUAUGUAAUAGCAGCGGGUGUCGCCUGGCACGACGCUGCGCAGUCGCGGAGCGGCGAGCAGCGGGCGUUCGCGAGGGGGGUCGCACCGCAUCCGCGGGGCGACGACGCGAACCGCAGGCGUCAGCAGAGUCCGUGCCAAGUGGUGGCUCUAGCAGAGUGCACGGCCGAAUGCGAGCUCGUUUUGCAGCGGCCUGGAACUUGCGCCAGCGUCAAUGCCCCCGCAGUUGCGGGGGCCGACGCCGACGGCGGCUGCCAAUCGCUCAUGGGCCGGCCAUCGUUCGAGUACAUGACGAUCAGGGGCAAUGAGCGCAGCAGCUUGUGUCUUGGGGCGCGGAAGAACAUCGCCAACGAAGUGUCAUUGCUCUUUUGGGAGCGCCGUGCCGACGGAAUUUACAGGACUGCAGCUGGCGACGCGAAGGGCGCGCACAGCCGCGUUCUUGGAGUCGAAGGCACAUUUGAUUCUACCCUCGCGCACUUCGGAAACAUAUUGCGAUUGGCCGUCGUUCACCUUCACAGGGUCGUGGCGCUGCGCGCCGCAGACCGCCAGCGGCGCGAAGCAGCUGAAGCGCGGGGUGACACGAGCCACUUCCAGACCGACCUGUCUCCUGCCUUCAGGUGCAAGGAAACGAGGCUGGACGUCGAGAUUUUCGAAGUCGGCGGGCUUUGCCGCGGCGGGGCGCACUGCCCGCUCAUGGUUUCGACUGCCUUUCCACCGGGUCGAUCUGCCGCCGCAGAGGCCCGGCGGCGCGCGGCGGAGGGCGACGAUGGGGCGAUGGCGGAGAUAGGUGAUCGGUUCGCCGACGCUCUGCACAUCCACCCGCGCAACGUGCCGAAGAGCCGAGACCUGACAAUGCGCGCUGCCAGCGCGUCGGCCCGCGCCGGGAAGCAGUUGCUCUGGGUCGUCGCCAAGGACGCCCCGAGCAGCCGCGACGACGAGGCGCGGUCCGUGGAGGUGGUGGCGCGGGCUAGGGGGCGGUGGCUGCUCUGCCCCGAGACGCAGACCGCCGGCGUGCCUGGGCUGCUGCCGCUGUGCGCGGGGAUGCCGGCGCAAUUGGCGGACGCGGUGAACUGCGAGUGCGGCGCGUGCAAGCGGGCGACUGGCGUCGUGGAUGGGUGGGCGUUGAGCGAGGCCGACGCGAGGAUGGUGCGCGAAGUCCAUGCGGAGGCAGAGGUCGUCCUGAGGGAGGUGCCCGUGGCUAUGCACGCGAACCUGCACGGUCAAGCGAAGGUGUUCUCGCCUGGCCUGCCGCCGGGCGUCUUCCCGUUGGAACCGAAGACGAUGUCUCGGGACGGGAAGCGCCCCCUGGAGCUCGCGCUCCCGCGCGCGGCGUGCCGACAGAGCAAGGCGCCCGAGAGGUUCCGGGUGCCGGAGUGCAGCGCGUUGUCUCCGCUGGAGCAUGCGAAUUCCGCGCUGAAGCUCAGCGCUCGGCGAAGCUGCACCCGCGGCCCCCAGCGGGCCCGAGCCCGGCCCUGCGCCGAAGGUGCCGCGGACAUGCAGAGGCCAGCCCCGCCGCCCAGCGAGCUCCGUUGCUUCGAAUGCGGCACAGCCAGGCGCGUCUCGGAAAACGACGAGAAGAUGUUGGAGCAGUUGCGCUCAGAUGACGCCCUCGAGCGAGCAGUGUGCCUGACGCGUCGCCCCGCGCAGCUGCACCGGCCACCGUCGAAUAUAGGUGCGCUGUGCACGUGCUUCCAGCGCAGGGGCCUGAAGGGUAGCCCCGCGACCGCGGAGCACGAAGUACCUGGCAGCCGCCUGGCCGUCGCGGAAGUGCGCGGCGUGCCGCGCGCGGAGCUCGAAUUGCGAGCGCGGGAGUCGCUGGUCGAGAGGUGGGUGGUGUGCAGUCAUUUGUCCAAGAUGCGUCGCAGUGGGUAUGGCAUGGGGAUUGCCACGAAGGAAGCGGCGCAUCUUGUGCUGGGCAGCUUCAUUACGCUGCCAGCCGACCACACCGAAGCUGGGGCAGGCUUUACCCAGCCCCAGCGGCUUCGAGGUGGCAUACUGGCAGCAUUUCUUGCAGAACAAAAGGGUGUCACCGACCCCGGCCUCGGGCCUGCGCCCCCCGGCGCCGGCGCGGCCGCCUCGCCCGCCCCGCCCGCCGAGCGCCAGCGGCUCGGAGCGGCGCCGCCUCACACCCGCGCCGCCUCAGCCGCCCCGUCCGCCCGCCGCGUGGGCAGCCUGCCCGCGCUGUCGGCGCGAGCCCUCCGCGACGCCGCGGGCGCUGCGGGCGCGCUGCUCUCAGGCCGGGCUACGCCGCGUGGCGCCGGCGGCAGGGACCGCUCCGGCUCCGCCACGCCGCGGACGCCGCGCAGGGCGCUCCGCUCUGUCUCGCUUCUGCCGCUGUUCGGCCCCGCUGCCGAGCCGGGCGCCGUGGGGCCGCCCUCGGCGCGCGGCCGCGUGUACGAGGACGAGCCGGAGGCGGAGCCGCCGGCAGUGCGCGGGCGGCAUCGCCACACCCCCGCGCGGCCGCCCGCCCCGCCCUCGCCCCGCGCGGUUUCGGAGGGCCCUCGGGACUCGCGGCUGUUGCCGCUGAGCCAGCCCGAGCCCGGUGCGGCGCUGCCCGCGAGAGCGCUGCCGCUGGUCGCCGUCGGCGAUGGCCGUUGGGCCCGCCCGAGGCCGGCAGAGCCAUCGAUGGUGAGCUCUUUGCUGGCCAGAGUGUACGGCCGCGCCCUGAGCGCCAGGGAGGAGGAGCGCGUCAAAGCCGCCGUUCCCGAGGUCGAGUGGCUGGCGGAUUGUGUCGCCAUGGGCCCCGCGUGGAUGCAGGCUCCCGCGCACAUGACGUUCUUCUCGGAGCUUGGCUGGUGCCUGAUCCGCGCUCGGAGCUGCCCUGCGGAGGCGCACGUGGUCCGCGCCAAGGCGAGCAACCUGUGCGAUGGGGCGCGGCGUGCUGCGGUCAGCCUCCAGGGCGUGGGCGCAGGCGGCGGCGACGCUAGCGCGGUGGCCGCAGCCGAGGCCCACGCGGGCUUCUACAUGGCGAAAAUCGCGGAGCUCGUGGCUACUCGGGCGCUGGAGAUCGAGGAGUCGGAGGGCCACCGCAGCAGCGCCCCCUCUGCACUGGAGGGCACGUCGGAGGCGCAGGCGGCGGAGGUCAACGUGCUGGAGAGCCUGGUCCGUUCUCCCCAGCCCCCGUGCGCGGGUGCGGAGGUGCUGGUGCUGGAGGCGGCAGGGCGGCGAGCGCAGCCCACAUGCUGA